ACAGUAUCGAGUGCAACAUCGAAGCAUCCUCAUCUUCUGGGAUAUUAGUACAAAUUGAAUUCAUUUUCAAAUUCAAUAUGAAAUUCUUGGUGAUCGUUUUUGUGGCCCUUAUCGCCGUUGCUUCCGCGCUUCCUCAAUUCGGAUAUGGAGGAUUCGGUGGAUUCGGAGGAUUCGGUGGCCAACAGCAGCAGCAAGAAGGAUUCGGCGGUUUCGGAGGCUUCGGAGAACAGCAACAGCAGCAGGAAAGCUUCGGUGGAUUCGGCGGAUUUGGAGGAAUCGAGCAGCAGCAGCAGCAGCAACAAGGAGGCUUCUUCUAAGGCUGUUACUUUAGUUCCUCGACUAAAAAUUAAAAUAAAUUAUUUGAACGUAUUAGUAUAACAAACACAAAACAGUUUUUGUUUUUAAAUACUCAUUUACAUGUUUUGACAAUGGCUUAUUGUAGGCCUUUAGAUCGACAGAGAUUUUAUUAAUGAGUAACCUUCAUUUAUUUCGCUUGCUUAUAAAUACGUUUGGGUUUAUUUUUUUGGACAUAAGCAACAUCAAGAAAAAUGAAUUAUUAAAUU